AUGCCGCAUCUCCGCCACCACCGACGACACCAUACCUGGCCCCAUUGCGGCUCCGACCUCUGCAUGCGCCAGCCACGCAGUCCGGACCCGCGCAUCUCCAAACCGUGCAUAAGCCCAACCACCCAGCCCGUCUUCUGGACCGUCCCAGCGGCAAUGAUAGUCCCGCUCGAGGCAGACCAGCCACCGGACAGCGACGCCGAGAUGGCGGGUAUCAUCGGUUUACCAGGAGCACGCGCGCGUCACUUCUGGUCUCGGUCAGCCAGACAAAGACAAGACGAUAAUCAUAACCCGCUGUCGCCUCUGGCCCCGGAACCCCGGAAACAAGCACACCGCAAUGUCCUGCGCCGGCUGGUGCGUCGUCCGCUCCUGGGUAAGGCCCAGUCGCUGAUCGCGGUGCCAACGACGAUGACGGCGCGGGACCAUGUCGUGGUCUCGAACAGAGUGCCGCUUCGUGCGUCGGUGGCGCCGGUGGUCGUUGCAGAGAGGACGCGGCCGGCUUGGUCUGCGGCCGAGAUGGAUCGGUUGGUGAGCGAGCGACGGCAUCGGCGGUGUCAUUCGGAGCAGCCACGGGCGUGGCGGAGACCGAGUGCUAGUUUGUGGACAUUGAGGGAGGAAUGA